AUGCGCCGGCCGCCGCUCGGCCGGCGACCCUUGCUCCGUCUGGCACCGACCGGCGUCAGGAUCAUCACUGGGCCCGGCUCGGACAGGGGGCGAGCGGAGCCUCCGGCGCCGUCGCAGGCGACUGGCAGCCUCCCCGACGGCGGCUCUCGGGGCCUCGCUCCUGACAGGCGGGGACGCCUGAGGUCGCUCCUCCCGGUCGGCGACGACGCAGUGCGGGAGCCGGCGAUAGCAGCGACGCCUGGUGGCAGCUCUGAAGCCAGGCCAGAGCUGUCACAGCUGCUGCCGGGUGAUCGUUCACAGACGCUGACGGCACAUCCCAUCACAGCCAACACAUCUCAGCAUGGCAUCGGUAACGACACUGCCACCAUCUACUACGACAACGACGUCAUUGGUACCAACACUAUUCUGAGCCGUGAAAGGGGCAAGGAUAAGACACGCAUCCAGUCUUCUUCUUUGGGAGACGUUGCAACGUCUUUGAAGCUUGCCUCCGCUGAGCGAGACGAACUGCAGAUCAACGGCAACGAUGUUCAAGGUGGAGGCCCGUUCGGCGGCCGGCUGCGGAGCGAGCCGAAGACCUGCCCCAAGCUGGGGCGCCGCCUCACGCUCGAGUGUCAGGUGGACGCGCCCCCCGGCGGCGCUCAGAUCCAGAGGUUCUGGUGGGCGAAGCGGCACUUCGACUACAAGGACGGCAUCGUCAGAGACGAGCUGCUGGCGCUCAAUGGAAGGACCUACAACCCCGCAAAGGGGGUUCGCGUCCAAAGGGUGGGGGCGGGUCACCAGAAGCUUCAGAUCGCCGCACUGACGUCGGAGGACGCGGGGCUGUACCUGUGCCAGGCCAGCUGGGGCGACGACGUCGCGCAGGCGGAGGUGACCGUGGUCCUCUGCCGGUGACUGCACCCGGGCCGUGCCAGAUGAGGCGGAUCAUCUCCAGCCUUCAUACGUCGUGUGAGGAAACACCUGUCACGCACGCCCCGCUCAUCCACAGCGUGACGUGACGUCAUAUCUCCGGCGAUGACGUCAUCUGUAUCGGGCCAACCCGCCCCGUCGCCUGCAUCAGGCCUGUGCGGACCCCCCCCCCCCCCUGACGAUGCCGCCCACACGU